AUGGCUCCCAUCACGCAGGAGACCGUCGACGGUCUCAAGGACGUCAUCUCCAAGCUCGAAUCGCGUGUCGCGCAAUUGGAAGAGCGUCUGGCCAAUGGCGGCAGUGACUCCAAGCCGAAGUCACUCUCAGAGCAGAUGCGGCUCGUCCUGAUGGGUCCUCCUGGCGCAGGCAAGGGAACGCAAGCUCCUAAGAUCAAGGAGAAGUAUUGCAUUUGCCACCUGGCCACCGGAGACAUGCUGCGAUCCCAGGUCGCAAAGAAGACCCCGCUCGGGCUGGAGGCCAAGAAGAUUAUGGAUCAGGGUGGGCUGGUCAGUGAUGAGAUCAUGGUCAACAUGAUCAAGAAUGAGCUCGAGACGAACAAGGAAUGCCAGAACGGGUUCAUCCUGGAUGGCUUCCCUCGCACCGUCGCUCAGGCGGAGCGUUUGGAUGAAAUGCUUGCUAGCCGCCAACAGAAGUUGCACCAUGCCAUCGAGUUGCAGAUCGAUGAUGCGCUGCUGGUCGCCCGGAUAACGGGUCGUCUGAUCCACCCGGCCUCGGGACGUUCGUACCACAGGAUCUUCAACCCUCCCAAGGAGGACAUGAAGGAUGACGUGACCGGCGAGCCUUUGAUCCAGCGGUCUGAUGACAAUGCGGAGACCCUCAAGAAGCGACUGGCCACGUACCACGCACAGACAGCCCCUGUGGUUGAAUACUACAAGAAGACUGGAAUCUGGCGUGGCAUUGACGCGAGCCAGGAACCCGGUCAGGUGUGGAAGAGUCUCCUCGGUGUUUUUGAGAAGUCGAAGUAA